CUUUUCAUUAACAUUUUAGUACAUUUUUAUCAACAGUAUUAGCAACACUGGUGAGCUUCAUAACUAGUCAAAAGUCAAAAUAUUUUUUUUGACGUCUUUAAUUUGACUUUGACAUCUUGUGUAUAAAUAAUUUAUAAUUGAAGGUUAUACAUUACGUGUUUAUUUUUUUAUAAAAAGUAGUUUGCAUUAUAUCGAAACCAUGCAAUCGUUAACCAUAGUUGACACUGAUUAAAAUAUUUAGAACUAGUAUAAAGCGGAAUUCAAUAAUCUACAGUAAUCACAAAACUGUUUUUAUCAAGUGAUCCAAAAACGAGAUGACCAUUAUUGAGGGUAUAGGCGACGAAGUUAUUCAUUUUUUUAUAGCUUUGUUUGUUAUUGUUAUCGGUACUGUUGCUUGGUGGACUACCAACAUAUCUGAGCAACGAUACGUUAGAACUGUAGUUCUGUUAGAAAGAAGAAGUUACCGAGCUCUCCGAAGGCUAACAAAUCAUACGGAAACUGUUACUAUAGCAGAAGCUUCUAGUACUCCCCCAUCGGAGGAACAAGAAGAAACUGCAGAAGCUUCUACCGAAGUACCUACGAGCUCUGAACAAGCUGCCAAUGUUAAGCCUUCAGAACCCACUGUAGAGGAAAAUCAUAUUUCGAGCCAACAGUCUGAGAAUAAUAUAUUAGAGGAAGUUGUUGGAGAGGAACAGAAUAUCAUUGAAACCAUGGAUGCGGACGCAAAUGUUAUCAGACAGAGGAGGCUGGCUUUUUAUGGAGGGUUUAAUAGUGAUCAGCCAGAUCUGAGUUCUACCUCUAACACAGAAGGUCCUCAGCCAACACCAAGUGCACCUGUAGAUGAAGCACUUCCAAGUGCGCCGGGUAAAGAAGAAUGUCCAGAUGAAAGUGUUGGAAUAACAAUAAAAUUAAAAUAUAUAAAUGAUGAUUUAAAGUUAGUAGAGGGGAAGCUAAAUGAACCAUUGGGAGACUUCAAAAAGAGACAUUUUCUAUCUGAGCUCUCAGCUGAAAAGGUUGUAAGACUUAUUUUCAAUGGACAACUCCUUCAACCGGACACGCAGACUUUGAAAAACUGCGGACUGUUUGACAAUUGUGUCGUGCAUUGUCUUAUACACCAAAAACGGAAUCAGUCCACUGAUCCGACCAUCACAGAGAGUCGACGAGAAGGUUAUUCCUUCCCGAAUACCAACGGUUUAGCCAACAACAAUAAUCAAAAUAGAGACUGGGACUUAGGAAACUUUUUGUUUGCCUUUAUUAGCUUUAUAUUAUUAGCAGCAUGGUAUUUUAGGUACGUGUAUGCUCAUUUAUAUACAGUGACUGCGACAGUAGGUUUGAUACUAAUUACUGGUAUAUUUACUAUAGUUUUAGUAGGAAUGUACUUUCCCGACAAUGAACAGUUUCCUAAUCCAACUUUUCACAUAAGAGAGAGGACUCAACAGCAACAAUAAGCAACUACCUGCCCUCGCCUUUCGACUUAAAACACAUACUAUAUUUAUUUUGUCAUUUUAUUUUUAUAUUAUGUUAAAUUUAUUUAUGAACUUGUAUAAAUAUAUAAAUUAAGUUAAAAUUUUAUAAUUUAGUUAGUUAAAUAAAUUAUUUAUUCAUA